AUGGCGAGUAAUAUGCAGACUCCUGGUCCGCCUCAGCCCCCCCGGCCUCCUAUGAUGGGUUCUACCGCGCCACAAAAUAUGGGACAACCAAUGCCCAUGCAGUGGCCACCAGGUCCGCCACAACAGCCUCCUCAGUUCAUGCAACCAGCGCCACAACAGUAUCGGCCUGUUGGUCAGGCCAUGCCAGGAGUUAACAUGGGCAUGCCAGGGCAGAUGCAACAUUUUCAGCAACCUGGGCCACAUAUUCCUCACUCUGGUCAUGUUCCGCCUGCAUCGCAAGCUGUUCCUAUGCCGUACCAGGCAGCUAGACCUAUGUCAUCAGCUCCUAUGCAGCCACAGCAGCAAGCUGUAUUCCCUGGUGGACUUAUGCCCACCAUGGGCACCCCUAUGCCGCCUCCUUCUUAUACCUAUCAACCAACAUCGGUUCCUCCUGGAUCUCAACCCUGGGGCACAGCCCCGGGUCAGGGCGCACCUCUUGUGUCGCCGAUGGUGCAGCCUGGGCAUCAGUCUCUCUCAGCUUCAGUGCCCCCAGUGAGCUCAACUGAACCUAGCUCUGCGGAUUGGCAAGAGCACAGUUCAGGGGAUGGAAAGAAGUACUAUUACAAUAAGAGGACAAAGCAAUCAAGUUGGGAGAAACCUGCUGAGUUGAUGACCCCUUUGGAGCGGGCUGACGCUUCAACUGAAUGGAAAGAAUUUACUACAGCAGAAGGACGGAAGUACUAUUACAACAAAGUGACAAAGCAAUCCAAAUGGUCUAUUCCUGAUGAGCUAAGGAUUGCACGUGAAUUAGCAGAGAAGACAUCAAAUCAGCAGCCUGUCCGGGAGAUUGAAUCCACUGCUGUUGCCCCUGUUGGAUCCACUUCUGUUGCCCCUGUUGGAUCCACUUCUGUUGCCCCUGUUGGAUCCACUUCUGUUUCUGUGGAGCCUUCCUUACCUGCCAAACAGUCUUCAUCUUUAGUAGGAACAAUUGCUCCAAGCUCCCAUGAUGCGAUAGCAAACUUGCCUCCUCCUGGUGCUGGCCCGUCGUACAAUGGGGAUAUAUCUUCUUCUAGUUCCAUGCAAAACGGUGGAACAAGUGCUGCUGUGGUUGCCCCUGUUACAACGAGCACGGGAAUUCCAUCAGUUGCAAGUGAUGCAGGGACAAACAGAAGCACUUAUGGAAGUUCAUCUCUACCUAGUACUACUGACACAAAAGUUGGAGCAUCUGCUGAAGAUUUGGAGGAGGCCAAAAAGACAAUGCCAACUGCAGGGAAGAUCAAUGUUACUCCGCUGGAGGAUAAAACAAGUGAAGAAGAACCUGUUGUUUAUGCUACUAAGUUGGAAGCAAAGAAUGCAUUCAAGUCCCUGCUUGAAUCAGCAAAUGUUCAGUCUGAUUGGUCAUGGGAUCAGGCCAUGAGAGUUAUUAUAAGUGACAAAAGAUAUGGUGCUCUGAAAACUCUUGGAGAGAGAAAGCAAGCUUUCAAUGAGUACUUAAACCAGCGGAAAAAGAUUGAAGUUGAGGAGAGGCGUGUCAAGCAAAGGAAAGCACGUGAUGAUUUUCUCACAAUGCUGGAAGAAUGUAAGGACCUUACAUCAUCACUGAGAUGGAGCAAAGCAAUUACUAUGUUUGGGCAUGAUGAAAGGUUCAAUGCUGUUGAACGCCCCAAGGAGCGUGAAGAUUUAUUUGAGAACUAUCUCGUGGAGCUGCAAAAGAAGGAAAAAGCAAAGGCUGCUGAAGAGCACAAAAGACGCAUAGCAGAAUAUAGAGAAUUUCUUGAGUCAUGUGAUUUCAUCAAGGCAAACUCCCAGUGGCGAAAAGUUCAAGAUCGGCUAGAGGAUGAUGAACGCUAUGCCCGACUUGAGAAGAUUGACCGCUUGGAUGUUUUUCAAGACUAUAUAAGGCAUCUUGAGAAAGAAGAAGAAGAACAGAAGAGAAUUCGGAAGGAGCAAUUAAGGAGACAGGAACGGAAAAACCGCGAUGAGUUUCGGAAGAUGAUGGAAGAACAUGUUGCUGAUGGCACACUUAAUGCAAAAACUUACUGGCGUGACUACUGUUCACAGAUAAAAGAUUCACGUGCUUACCUGGCAGUUGCUUCAAACUUGUCUGGCUCGAUGCCAAAAGAACUCUUUGAUGAUGUCAUGGAGGAGCUUGAUAAGCAGUAUCAAGAUGAUAGGGCUUUAAUUAAAGAUGAAGUGAAAUCUGGAAAGAUUCCUAUGUUGGCCUCAUGGACAUUAGAGGACUUCCAAGCUGCUGUUACUGAGGAUGAAAAAUAUAAAGGAGUGUCGAACAUAAAUAUCAAGCUUAUUUAUGAGGACCAAAUUGAAAGGCUCAAGGAAAAGGAUCUAAAGGAGGCCAAGAAGCGUCAGCGACUGGGUGAUAAUUUUCUGGAUCUACUGUAUUCAAUCAAGGAAAUUACUGCUGCUUCAACAUGGGAUGAUUCUAAAUCACUAUUUGAUGAUACCCAGGAAUACAGGGAUCUGGGUGGCGAGACAUAUGCUAAAGAGCUUUUUGAAGAGUAUAUUGCCCGCCUCAAAGAAAGGCUUAAAGAGAAAGAGCGCAUGAGGGAAGAAGAGAAGGCGAAGAAAGAGAAAGACCGUGAAGAGAGAGAAAAGAAGAAAGAGAAGGAAAAGGAAAAGAAGGAGAAAGAUCGCAAAGACAAAGAAAGAGACCGAGAGAAGGAAAGAGAAAGGGAAAAAGGAAAAGACCGGUCAAGGAGAGAUGAAAUGGAUAUUGAUGAUGAUGUGGAAAUUCAUGCCUCAAAAGAUAAGAAACGAGAGAAGGAUAAAGAAAAGAAGCAUAAAAGGCGCCACCAUGACACCACAGAUUCUGAAAGGGAUGAGAAGGAUGACUCGAGGAAAUCUCGAAGGCAUAGCAGUGAUCGCAAGAAAUCUAGGAAGCACACCCAUGCUUCAGACUCAGAUAGUGAAAACCGGCAUAGAAGACACAAAAAGGAUCGAGAUAGUUCCCGCAAAAAUGGUGGGCAUGAGGAGCUUGAAGACGGUGAACUUGGAGAAGAUGGGGAGAUCCGUUAG